CACCAGGAGCUGCAGGGAGCCACGCGAAGAGCUGCCAGGGCUGCAGGAGCUGCAGGAGGAGCUGCAGGAGCCACACCAGGAGCUGCAGGAGCCGCAGGAGGAGCUGCAGGAGCCACAGUGGCUGCAGGAGGAGCUGCAGGAGCCACAGUGACUGCAGGAGGAGCUGCAGGAGCCUGCGGCAGGAGCUGCAGGAGCCGCAGGAGGAGCUGCAGGAGCCACAGUGACUGCAGGAGGAGCUGCAGGAGCCGCAGGAGGAGCUGCAGGAGCUGCAGGAGCCACACCAGGAGCUGCAGGAGCCACAGUGACUGCAGGAGGAGUUGCAGGAGCCACACCAGGAGCUGCAGGAGAGCUGCAGGAGGAGCUGCAGGAGCCACAGUGACUGCAGGAGCUGCAGGAGGAGCUGCAGGAGCUGCAGGAGCCACAGUGACUGCAGGAAGAGCUGCAGGAGCUGCAGGAGCCACAGUGACUGCAGGAGGAGCCGCAGGAGGAGCUGCAGCAGCCGCAGGAGGCGCGUUGGGCGCGGUGCCCCGCUGCAAGCCGCUGCGCCACGCGUGCGAGAAGGAGAUCGUGCUGUACGCCCACUACCGGGGGCUGCGCAACUUCAGCACCGAGUGCCGCCACGCGCCCCACGCCUACCGCGGCCACGCCAGGAGCCUGCUCAAGGAGCUGGAGGCCAGCAGGAGCUGCAGCGUGGCGGCCCUGGGCCACUCUGGCAGGAGGCUGCGGGUGGCCGCCGGGGUGGCCACGGCGUCGCUGGGCUCGUGCAGCCGCUGCGGCUUCGCCUCCAGCCAGGCGCUGUGCAAGGCCUGCGUGCUGCUGGCCGCCCUGGAGAAGGGGCUGCCCAGGCUGGGGGCUGGGCAAGCGCUCGCUGAGGGUGGCCACGGGGCUUGGGGGGGUGGGGGAGGGGGGAGGGGGGUGGCCAUGGCGGUGGUGGGGUUAGAUAGGUGGGGUUGGUGGCCAUGGGGGUGA